GUGUGGCAAAGAAUUAAAAAAAGGAGAAUAUUUGUGGUGUAAUAAACCUAAUUGUGAUUUAAGUUUUUUGUUCGGUCAAGACGACCAAGAACCAGAGACUUUAAAUGCUUAUGCUCCUGCUCCUUCUUUUAUCGAUACUUAUAACAAAAAGAGAAAAGAAAACGGAGAAAUUAUUUACGAGAUGAAAGAAAUUCAUCCAGUCGGAAAAAAUAGCAAUAAAUAUCGAAGAGGGAAAGUUAGAAUUAGUUUAUUUGCUACCAAUAAUCAGAAAGUAAAAACAAAAGGGAAAGUUAAAGACACCGAUUUAAAUGAAAUUAAGGAAUUAGUUAAACAAAACGAAACAUUUAUUUAUGAAGAGUGGAAAAGUGAAGUGAGGCAAAAUGAAAAUGUCAGAGAACAAGUUAAAUAUUACAAUCCCAAAGCAAGGGAAGAACAGCACGAACAUCCCAAAUUGCUUAAAUUAAAAAUUGAUGAAGAGAGAAUCACUGCUUUUUUAGAAGAUAAGAGAGAGAUAAGCAUUCCCGUUAGUGAAAAAAAAGCACCUAUCCCUGCUGCUAAUAUUCCCACUCCUCCUAUUACUCACCAAGUUCGAUUAAUGGGCUCUUGA